AUGAAUGACGAAUGUGAUGUUCUGUUCUAUGUUCUGGAUCAACUGGACGAAAAGUCAUUGAAGCGGUUCCGAUUUUACCUGUCUGGUGCAUCAUCAGUGGAUGGUUUGAAACCAAUUCCAAAUGGCACGCUUACCUCAGAUGUAACAGACACUGUGGAAAAACUUUUACAGACUUAUGGCAAGGAAAACUCGCUGAAGAUAGUAAAAGAAAUCCUCUGCAAAAUUGGCCUGAACAGCCUUGCAGUUGAAGUGGACAAUUGGAUGAAAAGAAAAGAUCGGUAUAUGAAUCAAAUGGUUGAAAGUGAUGAAUAUCAGGAUUGGAUGAGAGUCUCUGAGCGUCAUAAGGCUGCCAUGAAGAAAAGGUUUGAAUAUGUAUGUGAAGGAACUGUAGAAGGAAAGAAGAGCAAACUCAACAAGAUUUAUACAACACUUCAGAAUGUGAGGGGAAGGUGUGAAGGAGUGAAUACUGAACAUGAGAUUAUGGAGAUUGAACCACAGUCAAGGUCACUGAAAUGGCAGGAUACUGAAUUUGACUUCAAUGACCUCUUCAGUCAUCGUUCAUGGUCUAAGGGAAACACUAAAACAGUGCUGACAGAAGGUAUAGGCGGCAUUGGGAAAACGGUCUACAUUCACAAGUUCAUUCUUGACUGGGCAGAAGGAAAAUCCAAUCAGCAUAUUAACUUUGUGUUUUUGCUGCCUUUUCGUAAGUUAAAUUCGAUUAAAGAUGAACAAUGUUCUCUACUUAAACUUCUACAGAAAUUGUACCCUGAGCUCGAAGAUCUGAAGGAUCAACGUGCUUUUGAACAUUGUAAAGUGAUGUUCAUAUUUGAUGGUCUGGAUGAAAGUCAGUUGAAGUUCAAUUUUGAAAACACCUCUCAAACUGUGGAUAAAGAGAUCACUAAUCUCAUAGAGGGAACAGCUCUUCCUUCUGCGAAAAUAUGGAUAACCUCCAGACCAGCAGCAUCUAGACAGAUUCCCUCUGAAUACAUCAAUCAGGUGAUCGAGGCACAAGGAUUUACGGGCCCUCAGAAGGAGGAGUACUUCAGGAAGAACCUAAAUGAUAUGUCUCUAGCCGAGAAAGUCAUCAAACAUAUGAAAUCAAUAAAGAGCCUCUUUAUCAUGUGCCACAUGCCACUUUUCUGUUGGAUUUUAGCCACGGUGUGUACGAAUUUGGACAGAACCGGCAGGUGGAGUAGUCAAGAGUUCCCAACAACCCUGACGGAAAUGCUGAUCCACUUCCUUUUUGUUCAGAUAAAUGUAAAAAAUAAAAAGCAAUAUAAUAAGUAUGAGGACAACAAGCUUGAGCUUUUGAAAAGACACAACAGAAGAUGA